GAUCUUCCCAAGACUUUCCAACUACCAACUAUGAAGCUCCUCAACUUCCUUCUUCUCCUCACAUCGCCUCUUCUCUUAUCCACCGCCGUCUCAUCAGAUCCUGACCUUCUUCAAGACCUCUGUGUCGCUGACCUUUCCUCAGGUGUGAAAGUGAAUGGAUUCACGUGCAAAGAAGCAUCUAAGGUAAAUGCCGCAGAUUUCUUCUCCAGCAUUCUAGCCAAAGAAGGAUCCACCAACAACACCUUUGGGUCCAAAGUAACUGGAGCCAAUGUUGAAAAAGUGCCAGGACUGAACACACUUGGUGUGUCUCUGUCAAGGAUCGACUAUGCCCCAGAUGGUAUCAACCCUCCUCACACUCACCCUCGUGCCACUGAGGUUGUGUUUGUGCUUGAAGGACAACUAGAUGUAGGGUUCAUAACCACUUCCAAUGUCCUCAUAUCAAAGACCAUUAACAAAGGUGACAUCUUUGUGUUUCCCAAAGGCUUGGUUCACUUCCAACAGAACAAUGCCAACGUCCCUGCUGCUGUCAUUUCAGCCUUCAACAGCCAACUUCCUGGGACACAGUCCGUUGCUACAACCUUGUUUGCUGCCACACCUUCGCUUCCGGACCAUGUCUUGACCAAGACCUUCCAGGUCGGAACCAAAGAGGUUCAGAAAAUCAAGACCAGGCUUGCACCUAAGAACUGAAGCUAUCUUGCGUCUUGUAAACAAUAAAUACACCUUAUUCAUUCUUUCUGAAAAAUUGAAAACUAUGUGAAGAUAAUUUGUUUAAUAAUUUAAAUUUGAAAGAUAUUACAUUUCCGGUUAUUGGUAUUUUGAACUAAAACCUAAAAAUAAAGGUUUAUAGGUUUAUGA